AUGGACACGGAGAAAGGGAAACCUACGCGUCCAAGUGCAAACAUGUUCAUCGAACUUUCCGAACUGACACCAGGGGCACCACGGAAUUGGCGACCGGAGCAAGAAUACGUAAGAACCCCAUCCCGUUACUGGCAUGAACGUUUCCGUUGGAUAGAGAUGGAGGAGGCCUUCGACGAGGUUGUUGGACUCGUUUUCAAGGCGGCUGACUACGCCACAGUGGAGGAAGCAUUUGAUCGCUUGCCCCCGAUUUGUCCAACGACGGACGAAGUUCAAAUGAGUGACACGCGUGGUGGUUACCGCAUUCCAUUUUAUCAUCCACAAGCAACAAGCCAGAGCAUAAUGCAUCGAAGACUAUCAGGUCUCGAUAAACAAGGACAUGACAAGGUGUCUAGCGCCUACGUCAACAUCGUGCUGUAUCCUUACCGGGAAUUUCGCCAGGCCUGCGAAAAAGCGGUCAGCAAGGACGAAGUUUACGCUGUAUGCAAGCAACAGCUUAGUAACUGGAUUUUUCAGGGCGAGGAAAUAGACCGCGGGCGAAGGAGCAGUGCAUCCGAAGAAUCCGAUCCAUUUGAAGAGGUGGAGGUGCUAGAUGAGGACGAUUCUGAAUCAGUUGCCUUCAAGGAUCAACUAAAGACAGUGCCUGGCAGGUGUUUCCAUCGAAUGUGUCCACCCCUUCGUGAUCUCGCCUUUGGACUGGUUGCCGUAGUUAAGCGCUACGCCAGUGACUAUAAGGAUGCUUUUGUGAAUGGCAAUGCCAGCGUGGCUUUUGGAAGCAUCCUCUUCAUCUACUUUGUCAUCUUUUCACCGGCCAUUACCUUCGGCACUCUGAUGUCAACCCAAGUAAACCCAGCAUACUCAGUGUCAAACAGUAUCCUGACAAGCGGUUUCCAGACAAUAAUCUACAGUCUGUUUGCCGGCCAACCUAUCGCUAUUAUAGGACCAUCGGGGCCUGGAUUUAUAAUGGAAAAACUCGUUGCAAGGGAGGCAACGCAAAUCAACAUGGAUUACUGGUGCUUCCGAUCGUGGGUUCUCAUCUACGCGAUCAUCAUGGGUUUUAUUCUGAUGUCGCUCAAUCUCUCCGAAUUGGCAAUGCAUGCUAAGAAGUCGAUGGAGGAGCUAUUCAGUGCAUUUAUCUCAGGCUUCCUCAUAAUCAAAGCCAUGUUUUCUUUGCUCAGCAAUAUUCCGCAAACAUUGCCCAAACUGGAAAACCCACUCUCCCCGACGGCGGCAGGCAUCUGGGAGGCUGCAGCGAAAUGUGGUGUAGACAACUUCCUGGCCCUGCUCAUGGUCUGCUUUGCGAUGACAAUUGUCAAAUUCAAAACGAGCCACCUGGUUCGACGCCGGGUAUGUGCAUAUUUCGGUUACGACAUUUUGCUGCCCUAA